AUGCGUGAAUGUAUUUCUAUCCACGUUGGUCAAGCUGGUGUUCAAAUUGGAAAUGCUUGUUGGGAACUUUAUUGCCUUGAGCAUGGUAUUCAACCUGAUGGUCAAAUGCCAUCUGACAAAUCUGUUGGUGCCUGUGAUGAUUCCUUUAAUACUUUUUUUUCUGAAACCGGCUCUGGCAAACAUGUUCCUCGUACUGUUUUUGUUGAUUUGGAACCAACUGUCGUAGAUGAAGUCCGUACUGGUACCUACCGUCAAUUAUUUCAUCCUGAACAAUUAAUUACUGGAAAGGAAGAUGCAGCAAACAAUUAUGCUCGUGGACAUUAUACCGUUGGCAAAGAAAUUGUUGAUCUUGUACUUGAUCGUAUUCGUAAACUUGCAGACAAUUGUACUGGUCUUCAAGGUUUCUUGGUCUUCCAUUCAUUCGGUGGCGGUACCGGCUCUGGUUUUGGUGCAUUGCUUUUAGAACGUCUCUCUGUUGAUUAUGGCAAAAAAUCAAAAUUAGAAUUUUCUGUUUAUCCAGCUCCUCAAGUAUCAACUGCUGUUGUCGAACCUUAUAAUUCUAUCUUGACUACUCAUACCACUUUGGAGCAUUCUGAUUGUGCUUUCAUGGUUGACAACGAAGCUAUCUAUGACAUCUGUCGUCGUAAUCUUGACAUUGAGCGUCCUACUUAUACCAAUCUUAACAGAAUGAUUGCACAAGUUGUUUCAUCUAUUACCGCUUCAUUGCGGUUUGAUGGUUCCCUUAACGUUGAUUUAACUGAAUUUCAAACCAAUUUGGUUCCUUAUCCUCGUAUCCAUUUUCCACUAGUCACCUAUGCACCAGUCAUCUCUGCUGAAAAAGCUUAUCAUGAACAACUCACUGUUGCUGAAAUCACAGUUUCUUGUUUUGAACCUAGCAAUCAAAUGGUCAAAUGUGAUCCACGCCAUGGAAAAUAUAUGGCUUGUUGUUUAUUAUAUCGUGGUGACGUUGUUCCUAAAGAUGUGAAUGCAGCCAUUGCCACCAUUAAAACCAAACGUACCAUUCAAUUUGUUGAUUGGUGUCCAACUGGUUUCAAAGUUGGUAUUAAUUAUCAAGCUCCAACAGUUGUUCCUGGUGCUGAUCAAGCUAAAGUUCAACGGGCUGUCUGUAUGUUAUCAAACACAACUGCAAUUGCCGAAGCUUGGGAACGUCUCGAUCGUAAAUUUGAUUUGAUGUACGCAAAACGAGCAUUUGUCCAUUGGUACGUUGGUGAAGGUAUGGAAGAAGGUGAAUUCUCUGAAGCACGUGAAGAUUUGGGUGCCUUGGAAAAGGAUUACGAGGAAGUUGGUACAGAUUCACCCGAAGGAGGAGAAGAAGAAGAGGCUGAUGAAUAUUAA